AUGGCCAAAUCUCCCUAUGACAUCGUCGCCCACCUAGAUAACUUCCCGUACAGCGACGCGAAGCCGACUCUGCACGCUGAUCUCUUCGACAGAUAUCAUGCGCUGAGAGUCGAGGGCAUCGAUGCGGAUCUGGGAUACAUCCCCACGACCCUGGUGCGGCGCAUUCCCUGGCCGGACAAGGACUGGGUGGUUGUCGACCGUCCCCGCGCAGUCGUUCUCAUGACUCCCCCCGAGACACCUGCCUCUCGCUCGGUCCGGACGCAGAUGAUGGAAGCUGUCGUUCACCGGAUGCUCGAGGCUGGAUGCACCGAGAUUCGGGAUGGCUGGCGCGAUGAGCGGUUCCCGGUCUACGGGCCGGACGGCGACGUGGUCUUCGAGAUCGAACGGUCGGCCAGUGCGUAUUUCGGGGUAGUGACGAGCGGCGUGCAGAUGCUGGGGUAUGUCGUCGACGAUGAUGGUGUUGAGAAUGCUCGAAUCCGACUGUGGAUAGCGAAACGCUCGAUGAGGAAGCAGACUUACCCGGGGAUGCUGGACUGUACUGCGGCCGGGGCCCUGGCUGUUGGGCAGACGCCGCGCAGUACGGUCAUGCUGGAAGCUGCGGAGGAGGCGUCGAUACCCAGUGCGGUCCUGAAAAAGGGCCUGCGUCGCAGUGGAUGUAUUUCGUACUUUCAUGUCAAAGGUCUCGGGUCGCAGCUCGGGGGCGAUGGCUCUAUGGCGCUGCUCUUGCCAGAGGUGGAAUACCUCUACGAGCUUCAACUGGACCCUGGGACGGUGCCUCGACCAUGGGAUGGAGAAGUGGAGAACUUUCGGCUGUGGGAUGCGGAUCAAGUGCUCGAUGCGUUGCGGAGGGGAUUGUUCAAGCCGAAUAGUGCGGUUGCUGUCAUUGACUUCCUCCUUCGACAUGGUCUGAUCAGUCAAGAGAUAGAGCCAAGGUAUGUCGAGAUGGUGACGAGACUGCAUCGACGUCUGCCAUUGCCGUGGCGCCAGAAUUGGGAUGAUGAGGAUAUGUUCUGGAUGGGGUUAUAGAUUGUAUGGUG